AUGACAGAUGUAAAGAAAAAAACGCUUUUAAGAGACGUUCUUCCUGCUGCUCUUAAACUACACAGUGAACGUCUGAAUGUUGAUCCUGUGAAGGAUAUGUUGAAGUUGCCUUUUAAGGAGGAGUAUCCAUAUUUACCCAACUGUACAAAUGCUUCAAUUCCCAAGGACCAUCGAAAAAAAGGUAUAUCCAACGCUGAUUUCAUGCUCUAUGUGGGUCUCACAGAGAAGUAUGUACCUGUGCAGAUUUGCAGUAAGAAUGAAAAGGAUCGCCCUACAUCUGCUUUGAUUAAAUUUGUUCCUGAGGAAAUUGAUGAUACGAGGUACUUUAUUCGCUUUGCUGCACAUGAGGUUGCACAUGCUCUUGGUUUUGAUAUUGAAAUAAUGAAGGAGCAUAAGGUGAUUGUGAAAGAAAACACAGGGAAGACAUUCAGUUUGGUGACAUCCAAUACUGUUCUUGACGAGAAAAUGAAGGAACAGUAUGAUUGCUCUAAUGAUGGUGAAAUAAAGGGAAUGCCUUUGCAAAGUGAACCCACUAAAGACGCACCCCCGCACUGGAAACGUCUUAUUGCGAAGGAUGAGUUGAUGAGUCCAUACACCCCUGACGACAAAUAUGUAACUGGUGCAUACUACACAGCACUAACACUUGCUGUAUUUCAUUCUAUGCCAUUCUACAAAGCCGAUUUCAAAAUGGCAGAAUCGAUGAGUUGGGGUAAGAAUGCUGGUUGUGAUUUUCUGAAGGGUAAAGGCAAAGAAGAAUACAAAGGAACAAAACCCACCAAAUACGCCGAAAUGUUCUGCGAUGAAGUAAAUCCAGCUCUGCAAUGCACUUCUGAUCGUUUUGCACUUGGAAUGUGCUCGAAGAAGCCGUCAGGGGUUAAUAUACCUCUUGACUACGUAGAGCAUUUUAACACAGUUCUCAAAGACACUGAUGAUGACCUGAUGGAUGGUUAUUCCAUUAUUAAACCGACUCUUCAGACAAGUUGUGAGGGGCAUCAGUUCAAUCUGAUGCCUGGCAGUGUUCUGGGGAAGGAAUCACGAUGUCUGAAAGGUAAGGAGCUAAAACUGAAAACACCAAACGAAGAUAAUCUCACUGUUGGUGACAUUUGUGCUAAAGUGAAGUGUAAGAAAGACACCAAUAAAGUAUUGGUAAAGUACAGUGAUACUACGGAUUGGCAAGAAUGCGAAGAUGGUGGCAAGAUCGAUGUCAAGGACAGCAAAGAGUUUGCAAGUGGAAGUAUCUUGUGUCCCAACUACACUGAAGUAUGCAAUGACUUUCCUGUGGUUAAGGAUAUUAACUUCACAAUUGAAUAUGAUGAGGAUGAGAAAGAGCGAAUAAAGAAAGAGGAGAAGGAGGAUGAAGACGAAAUGGAGAAAGAGGAAAAGCAACACGAAGAAGAGGAAGAGAAUGAGAAAACCCUGAAAGACGCACAGCCAGAACAAGAGAGUCCAGUGCAUCCUGAUCCAAAGCUGAACACUUCAUCAAAGCCUGAUGAAGCACCAAAGGACCGGGAAGACAGUCAGGAACUUCCAGCAGCAGAAGUGACCGAGAACCAAAGGGAUUCACCUCGAGAGGGUGUAAAGGAGGUUUUAUCUCCUCUAGCUGUACCUGAGCCACAACCUGCUGGGGAGGAGAAUCAAACUCAAAACACUAACAACAACAACAGAGGUGCACUUCCACAGGAACCGUCUUCUAUAUCUGCACCAAAGGUCCCCAGUAAACCCGUCAAGACGCCUGAAGUGGAAAAAAAACCCACCACUGAGAUCUCCAAGCCUGUCGCAUCUGAACCCAUUGCUGUUUCGGGGCACACUCCUUCAGUGGAGGAGGAUCACAACAAUACAACGGAAAACAUUCAACAAGUGCAAGAAACAAUAACAGACUCUCCCUCACAAGAUGGGAACGAUGAAGGAAUAAAUACCACAGUUGAUCCUACUCUUGAUCCAAACAGUCCUUCCCCCGAUGAUGAGAAGAAUGAAACCAUUGUGAAUACUGACAACAACACAACUAACACAACAUCAAGCAUUUCAGAGAAUGUAAACGCAUCUGCUACUGUUCCUGCCACUUUGACGGGACCAAACAAGACUCAGAUGGGACAAGUAAUAAACCAGGCGACCACCAUUGCUAUUGCGGGUACUGACAGCAGUAUUGCCACUUCAUACCAAAUCCCUCUUUUGCUUAUUGUAUGUGCUCUGGUGGCUCUGGCAUCCCCAUGA